AAACCUGGUCUCUACUAAAAAUACAAAAAUUAGCCAGGUGUGGUGGCGGGCACCUGUACUCCCAGCUACUCAGGAGGCUCAGGCAGGAGAAUCACUUGAACCUGGGAGGUGGAGGUUGCAGAGAGCCAAGAUGGAGCCACUUCACUCCAGCCUGGGCGACAGAGUGAGACUCCAUCUCAAAAAAAAAAAAUUAGCCAGGCGUGGUGGCUUGUGCCUGUCGUCCUGGCUACUUGGGAGACUAAGGUGGAAGGAUCACCCUAGCCCAGGAGUUCAAGGUUGCAGUGAGCGGUGAUUGAGCCACUGCAUUCCAGCCUGGGCGGCAGUGAGACCCUAUCUCCAAAAGGAAAGAAACGAAGUCCCGUCCCUAUCAGCAGCCACUCCACAUCCCGCACCCCAGUCUCUGGCACUAUGCAUCCCCUUCCUGUCUCUGAAUUAUCCUGUUUUAGACAUUUCAUAGAAAGGGGAUCACACACUGUGUGGCCUUUUGUGUCUGGCGUCUCUCACUGAGUGUGACGUCCUUAAGGUGCAUCCACGCUGUGGCCUGUGUCAGAGCCUCGCUCCUUUUCAUGGCUGAGUCGUGUCCCAUCGUGUGGAUGGGCGUUUGUCCGUUCAUCCAUUGAAGGCGUCUGGGCUGCUUCCACCUUCUGGCUCCUGGGGACAUCCGUGUAGAAGCGAUGGUGUGGAUGUGUGCUCAUUUCUUGGGCAGAUACCUAAGAGUGGCGUGGCCGGGUCAUCCGGAAACUCGGUGAAGAGCUGUCAGGCUUUUCCAACAUGGUUGUUCCAUCUUACAUCCCAACCAUGAUGGUGAUGUGUUGGGUUGGGUGCUUGUCAUCCUGUAGUGUGACCACAUGUGACACACAGGGCAACCCAUAGGUGGGUGUCCUUAUGUCCUGGAGAGGAUGAGUUGCCGGCACUUGUCUGUGGCAGGCUGAGCGCAGAGCCCUGUGUCUGAGAGCAGGUCUGUGUUUACCUGGCUGCCUUGUUGCGAGCUCUGCAGUCGGGUUAUGCCCAAGCAGCUGUUAGGGCCUGGCCCCAGAUGUUAGAACGAGACCCCUUCCCAGUCUGGCCCUGCUGCUGUAACCCCAAGGUGGAAGGAGAUUGCUUUUAGGGCUCUCCCUCACAUACCUGUUCCCCGUGGGGUCUUUUCUCAAGAAUGUGACCUAAAUUCCAUUUCUGGAAUGUUCUGGAAAUGUGAGCCAUCCUCCCAGAGCCGGGGCCCAAACUCCUGUAGCCCGAGCGGGAAGAAGUUCCGCAGCAAGCCGCAGCUGGCGCGCUACCUGGGCGGCUCCAUGGACCUGAGCACCUUCGACUUCCGCACGGGCAAGAUGCUGAUGAGCAAGAUGAACAAGAGCCGCCAGCGCGUGCGCUACGACUCCUCCAACCAGGUCAAGGGCAAGCCUGACCUUAACACGGCGCUGCCCGUGCGCCAGACGGCGUCCAUCUUCAAGCAGCCGGUGACCAAGAUUACCAACCACCCCAGCAACAAGGUCAAGAGCGACCCGCAGAAGGCGGUGGACCAGCCGCGCCAGCUCUUCUGGGAGAAGAAGCUGAGCGGCCUGAACGCCUUCGACAUUGCUGAGGAGCUGGUCAAGACCAUGGACCUCCCCAAGGGCCUGCAGGGGGUGGGACCUGGCUGCACGGAUGAGACGCUGCUGUCGGCCAUCGCCAGCGCCCUGCACACUAGCACCAUGCCCAUCACGGGACAGCUUUCGGCCGCCGUGGAGAAGAACCCUGGCGUGUGGCUCAACACCACGCAGCCCCUGUGCAAAGCCUUCAUGGUGACCGACGAGGACAUCAGGAAGCAGGAAGAGCUGGUGCAGCAGGUGCGGAAGCGGCUGGAGGAGGCACUGAUGGCCGACAUGCUGGCACAUGUGGAGGAGCUGGCCCGUGAUGGCGAGGCCCCACUGGACAAGGCCUGCGCUGAGGACGACGACGAGGAGGACGAGGAGGAUGAGGAGGAGGAGCCCGACCCGGACCCAGAGAUGGAGCACGUCUAGGGCAGAGGCCCUGCCGAGAGCCCGUGCUGCCCGCUGGAGCCGCCUGCAGACGCGGCCCUCGGCCCCACGUGAACCAGGCUCGGCGGCCGAGCCCAGCCCUGGAGACACCCAGGAGGAAGGCCGUGCUGCUGGCUCCCUCCUCUGCCCGUCCCCACUUCCUGGGGCCUUGGGGCACACAGCUGGGGCUGCCCCCACCUGAAAGACCCUCCACGCUCGUCCUCUACAGGGUCCGGCUUCGGGAAGUGUGGGUGCUCCUGGGCCCUGUCUGGCUCCCUACAACCUCGGGGCUCGAGACCAGCUCCUCUCCACGCCCACUGUCCCAGCUCCUUGAGACUGGAGAGCAGCCAGCAGGUGCCCGGCAGCUCGGCGCCAAGGAUCACUGACAGCUGGGAGGGUUUCUCGGUCUGAAGGCGUAGUUUUGAAACUCACAUCAUCCACUGUGCAGCGUGAGGACGGGACUGGUCUGCUGUGGGGGACGUGCAGGACGGUGCCACCCUCUGCCCUGCCACGCGGCUGGUGGCGCCACAGACCCUCACCGUGCCUGAGUGGCAUGCCCAGGAGGCCGCUCUCCUUCAGUAAAUCUAACAGUCGAGGCACGUCAUUGGGCGGCCUUCCCGGUGUGCUGACGCCAGCCUUCGCUUUUGAAAACCAAACUCCACCUGCUGCCAGUCGGGGCUCGGUCGCCCGGCGCUGCCAGAAUGCUCCACUGCCAGCCGGCCCCCCUGCCUCGGUUUCCCUUCUGUUUAGUGGCGACACAGGCACCCAGCUUUGGGGUGGUGCUGACGCUCCCAGGGAUGCCAGGAGCCACUGGGACAGGGCGAGGCUCCCAGACGCCCCUCGAGGUGCCCGUCUCUCCAGGGAGCUUCUGGCCCAAGGCCGUCUGAGGGAUCUGCUCCUUAACCCCCAGUGCCUUGGUGAGGGCAGGUUCCAAGCCACAGACGCCUGCCCUGAGUGGACUCUGCGGCCAGUCCCUGGUGCCCUCCUGGCCCUGCUGCCCAGUGAGGGCUCCUACGGGUGGGUUCAUUGGCCUGGGCCCAGCGAGCCCCCACUUGCAUUGAUCUUAGGCCCAUAGAGAGGGCCUGUCUCGGCGCUGCCCCAGCCAGGAUCUGGUCGCUGUCCCGGCGGGGACUGAUGGGCAGAGUCGCCCCUGUGGUUGGACUGUGACCAUCCCUGAUGGGGCCUGACUGCGGGAGCUGAGGAAGCGCCGCUCCGCCGUCUGCCCUCCAAGGACACCCGUGGGGGCAGUGGGCUGGCAGCUUCCUGCUGCUCCCUGUCAGAGUCAAAGCACAAAUCCUCGGGACGGGCUUAAGGGCCAGGGCAGCCGAGGAAAGCUCCAGGUGGGGACUGCGUCUUCCUGGGGUCGGUGCCCACUGGCCAGGACCCUUUGCCGGCCCGAGGUCCCCAGGUGCUGCGGUGGGGCGGCCUCCCCUCUGUCUGCCUGGUGGAGGGAGCCGUGGGCGUGGGGACGUGACUGAAUAAAGCCACCGUGAGUGGAUGUGCUUGGA